AUGAAAGAGGCCAAUCUCAUACGACUGGUGAACGUCUUUUCCAUAAGCAGAAUCAUUUACGUUGCUCCAUUUAGGAAACUUACGCUCACCGACAAGAAAAAACUAAACAUAAUGAUCAGGCGCUGUUACAAGUGUGCGCUGCAUCUCUCCAUGUCUACGCCCAAUGCGAAACUCAAUGACCUAGGACUUCACAAUACUAUAGACGAAUUCAUUGAAGCUCAACGUAUAUCGCACUACAAACGAUUAGGCCAAACUCGCACAGGACGUCAUCUCAUGUGCUCACUCGGCAUACCUUACGUCUCCCAGUUUGGCCAGAAACUCCCAAUUCCUUCGGACAUUCGCGACACUUUCGUGAUUCUCCCCAUAUCACGCAGUAUGCACCCUGAAUAUAACGUGGAAAGACGAGUAGACCGCGCCAAGCAACUAGGCAAGCGUUACGCGAAAGCCACGUACGUGGCGUAUGUAGACGCAGCGGAAUAUCCUACGCAUCGGGCCAUGGCCCUCGCUGUCGCCACCGGGCCGCAGUACAUAAUUACCGCAACUGGCACCAUUCGCGCAAACAAACCAGAAGAAGGCGAAGAAGCAGCCAUCGCUCUCGCCUACGCUUCAACCCAAGCAUCCUCUAUCAUCAGCGACUCCAAUACUGCCAUCCGCAACUUUACCAAAGGUUUAAUCUCCCAACCGGCGCUCCGAAUUCUCACAAGUACACCUCUGUUACGUCGUCGCCGCGUUGAGAUCGUCUGGACUCCGGGCCACUCUGGGCUUGCGGGGAACGAACACGCUCAUGACGCCGCCCGAGCUCUCGUCCACCGGGCGCGUCAUCCAACAGAGCACCACCCCUCGCGACCUGACGCGGCUGAGCGAGAGAUGAUGGUCUCCUCGUUUCGCGACAAUGCAAGGGACAGAAUGCUUACCUUUGGAGAAAUCCUAAUGUAUUACCGCAAGGCCAGACUUAAAUACCCACCACCAGACAACUUCCAACUGGAAUGGCCUUUCCGCUGA